GGUUCAAGAUCCGAUGACCGUGUCGCCCGAUCCCCCUUCUCGCCCCUUUCCCUUGUUUCACGAACCGAACGCAACGCCGAUGUCAAAGAUCGAGCUGAGUCUUUCCCGUCCGAGCCGCGUCUACCGCCUCGGCGAAUCCAUCGAAGGAAAGAUCGUAACGGUGCUCACCAGCCCCAUCUCCUACCAAAAGAUCGUCAUCACCGCCACCGGAACCGUCAACCUUCAGAUCCGAGCGGGCGUGACGGGGGUGAUCGAUUCCUUGUACGGCGUGGUCAAGCCUAUACGCAUCUUGAAAAAGAGCUUGCAGGUUGCAUCUGCUGGAAAGUUAGGUCCAGGUAAAAUAGAGACACCAUUUUCAUUCACUCUGAGUCCUCAGGAGAAUGAUACUAUUGCAACAUUCUAUGAGACGUUUCAUGGUGGAAAUAUUAGCAUCCAGUAUCUUAUAACAGCAGAUGUAAUGAGAGGUUACCUACAUAAAUCUUUAUCUGCUGCAUUGGAGUUCAUAGUUGAAAAUGAUAGAGCCAAUCUAAUCACGUCACCUCAGUUGCUGGAAUUUGUUAGCUUUUACAUAACACAGGACACUCAAAAGCAUCAAUUGCUUCCUGAACUGCUUACAGCAGGUUGUUUUCGGGUCACAGGGAAAAUUUUAACCCAGUGUUCUCUGAAGGAUCCUAUUACUGGUGACCUAACCGUUGAAGCAUCUGCAGUUCCUAUAGACUCUGUUGAUAUACAGUUACUUCGUGUUGAAUCUAUUCUCUCUGGGGAGAGGUUUGUCACUGACACAUCAGUGAUCCAGACUACUCAGAUAGCAGAUGGAGAUAUUUGUCGAUCUCUAACUUUGCCUAUCUACGUCCUACUUCCCCGUUUGUUGGUAUGCCCCACCUUGUUUGCUGGGUCAUUUUCUAUUGAGUUCCAUGUCUCGAUUACUGUGAGUUUCCAAUCUCAGCUAUCUAAACUGUACCGUAAAUCUGAUCUUAGAACUCCAAGGCCAUGGAUGGCGAUGGUGACUAUACCGCUUAAGGUAUACCGAACAUAAUGCUUCGAGGAGUAUCCUUCUGCUUUCUUGCGAAUUUGCGUUUGAGAAUUAUUCCCUGAUGAACUUCUCGCGAGGAUUGAGGGAAUGGUGUUUUGGUCACUUCCAAUUGCUCAAAACUUACUGACGUCCGUAAGGCGGCGGCGGUAGCAUCGUGCAACCGCUAUGGGUUUGCAGCUGUGUCCCGUAGAGCCGGUUGGUGGACUGAUGAGUAGAGCAUAGCUGGAAGUGCUGUAGGAGGCUGAAUGUUGGGCCUUCGCCUUGCUUUCUCUAGCUUCCUCUGGCUCUUGGGCACUGACAGGCCUGCGGAAAUAUAAUCUGAUUUACUUCUUUCAAUCCCAACAGUGAUGUCAUCUGGUACCCUCUUCUACCCGUAGAUUAUUGCUAA